AUGGCCGUCGACAAGAAGUACCAAGAUCUCCUCGACGAUCCCAUAGAGCGAGCCAAGGCUUGGCUCACCAAAGACGACGACGACCGCUGGAAGGCCGGGGAAUGGAUGUCCAAGCUCCUCCCUCACCUCACCGUCUCAGCCGCCAGUCCUGACGCCCCAGCGCCGUCCGUCACCUUCGCCUUCACCUGUCUCGAGGAGCACUGCAACCGCCUGGGCAACCUCCACGGCGGCGCCGCCGCCACCCUCUUCGACCUGUGCACCACCCUGUCCCUGGCGCUCAUCAACAGGCCCGGGUUCUGGCAGUUCCUCGGCGUCACCCGCAACCUGAACGUGACCUACUUUCGGCCCGUGCCCGUGGGCGAAGAGGUCGUCAUCGAAUGCGAGGCCCUGCAGGUCGGCAAGAGGCUGGCGACCCUGAAGGGGGUCAUGAAGCGCAGGCGAGAUGGCGCCAUCGUGAGCAUCGCCGAGCACCUCAAGGCAAACAUUGACCCGGAGCCAAUGCUUUGA